AUGGAUAAAUAAAUAAGAAAGAAUUCGAAUGAAACUUAGUUAUAUAAAAAUGAUGAUAAACUCAUAAAAUAAGGAAGGAAAUAUUCAGAUAGUCUAACUUAAAAUUAUAUAGACCCAUUGAAGGAGCUAGACAAAGAAAUUAGAGAUUCAUUUUUUUUUAGGCAAGGCGUUAAACACACUGAUUUUUUCAGAUUAUCUCAAUUAGAUACAACUAUAGAUGAAAAAACUUAAGUCAACUAGAUAGAUAUAAUUCAUCAUGAAUUUACUCAUGAAAUUAUUAUUGAAAACAUGGAAGAUUAUGGUGCACCUACAGCCAUCUGCGAAUCCAAAAAUUACUUGAUUAUAGGAACAAGUCGAUCAAUAUUUUACAUUUUUGAUAAAAGAGAAAAAGAAAAUGUAUUUUUUGGAGGUAUUGAUAAGUAAAAUGAGUCAGGAAAGGUAUGUUCGUUGGCAAUUAAUCAUGACGAAUUAAUAUUUGCUGCAGGAUUUGAAAAUGGUGACAUAGGAAUUUACGAAUUAAAAAGCAACUAUCCAAGAAUGACAACAAUAAAAAAGGUUUUCAAAUCGCCUAUUAAAAUAAUUCAAUUCAUAUCUGAAUAUCAAAAUUCUUUGAAAGAAUUUUGCAUGAUAGUUUUUGACACAACUGGGUAAAAUCAAAAGAUAUAAGUAGAUGUAACAAUUGUUUUUGAAAAGAGAUUUACAUCAGUAACUAAAGAUAAAUACACUUACUAACUAAUGACUUAAAUUAAUGAUGAGAUGAUCGAUAACCAUAGAUCUAAUUCUGCUACUGAUGAGCAUUAACAUAUUAGAGAAAGAUCUAUAAGUGAUAAAUAUAAGGAAACAUUUAAGACUUAAGAUGGUUAAUCAUAAAAGACAGAAAUUAUUAAUUAUUUACCAAUUGAAGAAAUAAGUUACUUUGAUUCUAUAUAGUCAAGUUAGUUUUUUAAAAAGCACUUUAAGAUUUUAGCUAUGACAACAAAUGAUUCAAUUUACGUUGGGUUUAUAAUGUACAAAUCAAUUUAAAUUACAUUUUAGUUCUAAAAAUCCAAAAUGAGUUCAAAAGAAGAAGAGGAGGAGGAAAAUAAACCUUCCAAACCAUCAAUUUCUUGGGGUUAAGGUUACUUUUAUGGCAACAACAGUGGGCAGCCUAUUUUAUGCAUAGGCUGGGAAGACCAUGUUUUUUUAAUUAAAGCCUAGCUUUUAGAUGAUGAAUAUGUGCAUUUCUAUUAAACAGCUUAUGCUAAAUUUUCUUACUAAGUUGAAAAAUGUGUAUUUAUAAGCAAUUCAAUUAUAUUUAUUAUCUUCACAAAUAAGGAAUGUGCCAUAAUCCAUACAAGCAACUUUACUCUUGGUCCUUUAGACACAUCCAUUUCAAAAUUAAACUCUUGCAUGUAUCUUGAUCAUAUACCAGAAUUCUAAAAAUUGAGUUUAUUCUGUUCUUAAUCAAAGCAUACUCUGUUUUAUCACUUCGGUGAUUGCAGUGCUAAAUUUUUGCUUCCUUAGUCACUCAUGUUCAGUUUUAACUUAAAAAAAUGGCAAGCUUAUUUCAACGAUAGAAACUCACUGGAUUGGAUUAAGCUGAUGUAGCAUGGUUUAAUGGUUUAAAACAAUAUUAUAAAGUAUUUGGGAGGCGUUGAAGAUGAAAAGAAAAAAAGAUAAGAUGAGAUGAAAACAUUUUUUUAGACUCUUGGUUUGACUUAUAUUCAGCUUAGCUUAGUUACAGAUCAAGAGUUAAGCCAGGAAACUAUUAACUAAAUAUUAACACUUGGAACCGAAUUUUUGCUAUCAACAGAUAAUUCAGAAUACCUUUUUAGUGUUGUAUCUAUUGGUAUUAAAAAUUUUGGCUACGAAGAAAAUUUCCUUGAAUGCCUUUAAACAUUUAUCGAACAUUCGAAGCUUAGACAUGUGCCAAACGAUUAUUUAAAAGUGGUUAUGAAUUUCUACUCUUCGAAAGGAAGAUAUGAUGUACUUUAAAAACUCAUUUUAAAUCUAGAUCUUACAAAUUUAGAUAUUUCUCCCCUGCUUGUUAUGUGCAUGGAGUAUGAUUUGUAUAAUGCAUUGAUUUAUAUCUGUGCUAAAUCUGGAGAUUUUCUGACUCCUCUUGUUAAGCUUUUUGGAAGACAUUAGAGGGGUUUUGAAAAAAAAGAAUAAGAGAGAAAAUUUGGAUUAAAAGUUUUAUGGUAUAUUUAGUAGUCUUUUUCUGGUAUUAUGAUAGAUGGAAGUAAGAUAGAAGAUAAAAUUUACCCAUAGAUGUUAAGAAAUCUUAUAUUAUUUGUUUUUUAGAUUGAAAAUUUGUAAAAUCUACUUUAAAUAGAUAGAAAAAUAACUCUUGAUAUAGUAUUUAUUCUCUUCAAGCAAAGAGUUUAAGGCAUAAUUAUGAAAAACUAUGACAUUUUCCGUAUUGAAGUUGAAGAAGAAAAUAUUAAAAAAUACAACAUUUUCUAACAGGACAAGAUUACUCCAUAAUUUGUGCCAUAUCAAAGAAUACUCACAAUUUUACUUAAAAAUAAAGAUGCUGAAAUCGAUUUAGUUUAAAAGUCAAACAAAAGUUAAGAAGAUAAAAAACUAGAAAUACAGGUCCUAGAGCAUCUAAAUAAUGUAUUUUUCAGCAGAGUCUUAGAGCUUUAAUCCUAUCCAUUCAACCUAGAUAAAUAAAUAGAGAUAGUCAAUUUCUUGAUUGAUAAUCCAAAAAUUUUUAAUUACUUUGAAUAGAAGAUGCUUGGUUUAGAUGCUGAAGUAUUGAGCUAAGAAGAAAGAAUUAAAUAAAAUAUAUUGCUUGAGUAAGGGCUUUUCUUAACUGAUACUCAAAAAUAUCACAAAAAAUGUCUUGUUAGAAAUGCUUUUCUGAUUAAUGUUUUGAGACCCCUAGUUCCAGAAAUUAAGAAUCCUUUAGUGAUGUCAAAUUUAAUUCAAUAAACAGAACUUAGUGAAUUCACUGAGGCAUGUUGCUUUUUGUAUAAUUUCUAAAAGAAUUACAAAAAGUGCUUUGAUUUAUAUUAUGAGUGCAGAAAUCCUCUCAUUCAAACAAGGAUAUUUGAGUGGAUAGAGCAAGUGUUUGAAAAUCAGUAGCCAGGUGUCUAGGAUUUGAAAAAUAUUGUUAUUAAAAAAAUUAAGGAACUUGUUAAAUUAGAUUAAUAUAAAGCUAAAAUCUUAAUUAAAAAGUAUUUUAGUGAUCAGCAAAGAGAUAUCAUUCUUCAACUUGACUAAUACCCAGACGAUUAAUUAGCUAUUUUAGAGGAAUUUGUGAACGAAUAAGACAAAACUGUCACAGAUGAAAUUAAGAAUAUGUAUAUAAAACUUUUGUGCUAAAGAAAACCUUAAAUGGUCAUUUAGGCUUUAAAGGAAAGAGAGUAAUACCCUAUUGACUAAGCUCUGUAAUAUUGCAAAGAAUACAAAGUUUUAGAUGCAUAGGUUUAUCUUAACUAAAGAAAUGGUAACUUCACAGAUGCACUUAAUAUUUAGCUUUAAAUUAUACAGCAGUGCUGGAAGGAGUAUGUCAAAAACUACAGCCCUGACUAAAUUAACUUCAAUUAAAACUUAGUUAAAAAUAUCUAGUUGAACCUCAAAAAGGGAAUGGAAAUAUGCUACUAAGCUUAAAAAGAAGAUGACUCAAACGAUUCUUUAUGGUUUACAAUGUUUGAUGAAGUAGUUGUUUAGGAAAUAGGAAUCUAAACCUUAACUUCACCCUCUGACUUAAACCUUUAAUCUGUCUCUACUCAAAUUGUUUCAGAAUUAUUGGAGGCUAUGGCAAUCAAUAUUAAUUUAAAUGACGUUUUAGAUAGGAUAAAUUCUAACUAUUAAGACAUUCCUUUGAAAGCCUUCCUUCAAACAAACGAACACUUCAAACAAAGUUUUGAAUUCUUGACUAGUGCACACACUACGGCUAAAUAAAUCCUUUAAGAUCACAUGAUAAAGAUUUAAGAAAAUUAUCUCAAGAUAAAGAAUAGGGGAUUAAGUGGAUCUUAGUUGCCUGAUUAUAGAGUUUGCUAAUUUUGUGAGAAUUAAAUUAAAGCUAACUAAUAAGAAUUUUAAAACACUGAAACUAUUGUAUUUUAUUGUGGCCAUACUUUCCAUAAGAAGUGUGUGGAUGAAUUCAUUUAGCCAAUAGCAUGUCCUAUUUGCAUUGAAAACCCUAUAAUUUAUUUAACUAACUACUUGAGUAAAAAUAUUACCAAAAAUUUGCCAAAUCGUUUAAACUAAAAAGAAGAAGAAAAUGAUUCUUUCCUUGAUGAAGCAUCAUCUUAAGCAGCUGCUGCAAAUGGGUGGAAUACAACCACUACCUAUUCUGCCCCAAUAGCAUAAGAAAAACCAAUAAUCAAAUAAACCAAAAAUAAAAUGCUAGAAAAAUUACAAAAAUUUGAUAAAAAUAAGAAGCAAAAAGUUAAAGAAACAUAAGAUUAUAUCUAUUCUCAACAAUGA